UUAUCUGMCACCUCCUCCUGAGCAGACUGCAUCGGUUUGCUCCAUGCUGGGAACAGACUGGGGUCUGGGGCCAAAGGGCAACAGGUUGAGCAUGAAGACACAGACCAGAGGAGAUAAUGGUUCCCAGUAUCUGUGAGGACCUGGAGAGACUUUAACUGUCCAUGUUUUGUCUUUAAAGCCAGACAGAGCUGAGACUUUUAUUUAGACGUUUAUUAGGUUCCAUUUUUAUCAUCUCAUCAYUUUGUUCCAAACAUGGGGUGCUCAUCAUCCAGCACACAAACUGUUGAUCAGGAGAAAAAACCCGGCACAAAACCUGAGGAGGCCAACGGAGACACAUUAGCAGUAAAAAAUGGCAUCAUUACAGAAGACGCACAAAUCGUUGAGGCGCAGAUGCUGCUGCCUGUUCAGACCGCUCCACCAGAGGCUCCUAAAGUAGGAGGCGAAACCGAGGAGGAGGCUGUGCUGGUGGCCAUGGAGGCCCAGGAGGAUCUCGGCUCUGGGGAAGACCUCCUGGCAGCUUCUGAGCCACAGUCUGAGCCUUCAGCUUCACCUGCAGAGAAAUGCUCUGCUGAGCCCAACGAUGCUGGAGCAGAAAUGCAGGCAGAGGCCUCAGAGCUGGUUGAGGAAGUGGUUUCUGUACCAGCUGCUCAGGAAGUGCCAGCAAUGACCCCGCUUGCCGUGGAGGAGACCCCAGCUGAAGCAGCUGCUGAAGCACCCUCAGAACCCCCAGUUGAACCUCCAGCUGAAGCAGCUGCAGAACAAGAGCCAGCAGUGACUCCGUCAGUUGUGGAGGAGAGCCCUGCUGAAACAGCUGAAGAAGCUUCACCUGUGCUGGCAGAGGAAACAACCGACCCUCUUGCACCAGAGACCACCUUCAAGACACCCACAGAAAACGAAUCCCAUGAGUGUCCAGCAGCUGAUGAAGCACCGACACCAGGUAUAGUUCCAGCAACGACAGAACCCUCAGAACCUGCAGAUGCUGCUGAGCCUUUCAUAGACCCAGCUGUUGCUGCAGCAACUAUUCCAGAGCUGCCUCCUCCUACAUCAUCAUCAUCAUCAUCUGCUCAAGCUGAACCUGAGCCAGCCACAGAGGAGGCACCGAAUGUGCCCACAGCCCGCAGUGAAACUGCACCACCAGAAGAGGCGCUCUGCCCCACAGAGGUCACUCCAAGUCCACCUCCGGAGCCAGAAUCUGCUGCUAAAAGGGUCCAGACUUCAGAAGUUCCUGCUCCUGCACCGAUGGCCUCAGAAACUCUUUCAUGGGCAGCGACAGAACCGCCACCAGGAGGCGAGACCUCAGAGUCCACAGCAGAGGCUCCUGUGGUGGAGACCAUCCUGGUCCAAUCUGAAGACCCCUCAGCUGCUUCUGAACCACCAGAAGUGGCACCUGCAGGUGAGGCCUCUCAGGAUUCAGAGCUGAGUGCCUGAAACAAUAAAACCCCCAAAACAACUUCUGAGACAACUGGAAGGAAAAUGGUAUGAAGUAAAAGAAGAAAAGAAAAUUCAUCUUUUAAAUACUGUCAGAAUUCACCAAACAGUAUAUUUUGUUAUUCUAUGAACCUUAAUAACUUUUCUUUCAACAAGUGGAGCCACACCUGCAGGACGUCGUGUGUGAAACAAGGAUUCAKUGUGUUGGGGGUUGAUUAUUUCAAGUAGCUGCUUCUGAGGACAGAAAAGUAAAACGUAUUUAGAAAGUUUAAACCAGAGAGGUUGAUGCUUCACUUUUUUCCACAGAUCAACCUUUAAAACUAACAUAAGAAAAAAGUUGACAUGUUGCUAAUUUUAACAGGAAUGCUGUUUUCAAUAAUUCAUAUGGUGAUACUGAAAAAGACAGACAUUGUUCAAAAUUAUUAUUUUAUAUUUUAGCUUUUAAUGUGGAAAACCUUUGUUUUAAAUUGUAGGAAAAUAAACAGAGCAUUUGUGAACGUGACAAAGAGUAAAAAUGACCAAAGUACAUCUCCUUCAUUAAGUUGUCUACUUCAGCUUUAAUGUAGAAAAAUGCUUUUCCUUAAAAUCUCUUUCUUGACACGUUUACAGUAUAAAUUUGACGGUUGGUGAUGGGGUGUUUGUAGGUUACGAGCUUCAGCCUCACACUGACAGAUCGUUAGAGGACAUGAAAUUUACAGUAGAGGAUGAAACUCUGUUUAAAGAUAUAAAAGAAAGUAGAAAAUGACUUUCACUGCCAACAAAUGGUUGAGUUGAUCACUUUUAUCUMGUUUCUUUCUCUGUAAUUAAAUGCUUUACUGAACUUUACCAUUCUUCUGUUUAUUGUACAAAAUAAAGUUUUACUAACUAAUCCGA